AUGGCCCCGGCCGUUCCCCUGUGCCGGGCGGGGCCGCCCCGUCCCCGGCCCUGGGCGACCCGGCGCGGUCUCGCCCUCGCCCGGCUCCCGGCGCGCCGGCUGUGGCGCUGCUGGGCGCUCCUGUGGGGCUGGCUGUGGGACGGGCUCGGCCUCGCCGCCCCUUGGCUCCGCCUGGCUCGAGCCCGGCGCCUGCCGGGGCCGGCGGGGGCCGCGGGCGCCGCGGCCGCUGCCGCCUCCUCGGCGGCUUCCCCGGCCAGAGCUCCGCCGCUCGCCAGCCCGGCCGCCGGCAGCGAGCCGCCGCUGCCCGCUGCGGCUGGGGAAGCCCGGCCCGGGCCGCUUGAGGGGCGCUCGGGGGCCGUGCCGGGCCCCGGCCCCAACGCUGACGGCCACGUCUCGCCCGCACCGAAGGCCAAGGAGCCGCUGCACGAGCGCUACCGGCUGCAUUCGCUGCUGGGCAGCGGCGGCUUCGGCCGCCAGGAGGAGGAGGAGGAGGAGGAGAAGGAGGAGGAGGAGGAGGAGGAGGAGGAGGAGGAGGAGGAGGGCGGGACGGGCGGCGAGCUCAACCCGCCCUUCCCCUCGGCUUCGAGCGGGGCCAGCGGCAGAAAGCGGGGCGGGACGGGCGGGGACGAGCCGAGGCCCGGCAGGGUGGAAGCCGCCGGGACACCUGGAGGGAGAGUGGCCGUGGGCUCGGUGGGGGACGGGGAGCAUCCAGGGCUGGCCGAGGGGGAGCAGGCAGACAGGCACGGCAUCAGCCCCACUGACGACCCCGUGGUCCCCCCGCAGCCUGACGGCACCCGGGCCCCCCUGGAGAUCGUGCUGCUGGACAAGGUGUCCAAUGGCUUCCCUGGGGUCAUCCAGCUCCUGGAGUGGUUCGAGCUCCCCAACGGGUUCCUGUUGGUGAUGGAGCAUCCGGAGCCGUCUCAGGACCUCUCUCGCUUACUGAGGGCGUGGGGGUUCCUGCCGGAGGAGAUGGCGUGGGGGCUGUUCCGCCAGGUGCUGCAGGCCGUGCGGCACUGCACCAGCUGCGGCGUCCUGCACCGGGACAUCAAGCCCCAGAACAUCCUCCUCCACCUGGCCACCGGCGAGGCCAAGCUCCUCGACUUUGGAUGUGGCACCUUCCUUAAGGACACGGUCUACACCCAGUUUGCAGGAACACUGUCAUACAGCCCGCCAGAGUGGAUCUACCUCAAGCGCUACCACGGCGAGGAGGCGACCAUCUGGUCCCUGGGCAUCCUGCUCUACCAGAUGGUCUGCGGGAAGCACCCUUUCCGCAAAGGCCCCAACACCAUCUGGGCCCAGCUCCCGUUCCCAGCACGGGUCUCUCCAGGUGGAUACCAAUCUUUGUGGCACGGGGGGAAUAACGGUGUUGGGAGAGGGCAGCGGGCUCACGAGGACGCCGCUCUUGAAGCUGUUUGUGUCCCAUGGGUGGCUGGAGGAGGUGGCCUGUGUCCUGCCAUCCUGCUCUCCUCCAAAAGGGAGAAUCGAUGGAGAAGUUUGGGCACAGCUCUGAGCACAGCCAGCACAGCCUGGGCACGUGGACAGUGGGACAGAGGGGACAGGAUCCUUCUCCAACUGACCGGCCAUUUUCCCCCCAGGCUGCCAGCACCUUAUCAGGUGGUGUUUGUCCAUCCGCCCCUCGGACAGGCCAGCACUGGAAGACCUGUUGUGCCAUCCUUGGGUGCAGGGCAUUCCCCUGCCCUAGAAGACGGGAGAGAUCCACGUGCUCCCUUUGAUCCCGGGGCCUGGCAGACAGCUGGGCCCUCGGCAGAACGCUGACAGCCUGGUCUGGCCCCCAGGGAAGGAGAAGGGGCCUCUGCAGAAGCUGUGCCGGGUGGGCCUGCUGCUGGAGACAUCGAGGACGACGUCAGGGAUGACAAGCUCUCAGUUGACCUGGACGCCGGCGAGCUGAAGAGGAUGGACUUUGAUUCUGGCCCCUUCCUCCAAGCCGUGCUCCACACGCCGUUUGCAGAUGAGUCCACACCCAGGGGGUGCUCCCGGACACGGGCAUUGCUCAGCCUGGCUGGGCACCGAAGGUUCCCCCUUUGCUGAUGGGGAACCUGAGGAAUUCUUCAGCCGGCUGCCAAGCUGCUUCUUGGCAGGAGGGCGGGCGGGUGCUCUGGGCUGGGUGUGAAAUGGGAGCCCGGCUCUGCCCCCAGCCUCUGCCACUGCCCCUUUGCUGGGCGGGGCUGGGGCAGGGGCAGCCAGCCUGCCAAAAACAAACCCCCGUGGGGGGAGCAAAGGCAGGGCUGCAGAACACCAGCUGCUUUGGGCUGCAGGCCAGGAAAGGCUUGGGCUGCCUUGGCUUAGGAGCCUUUCUUUGGGCCAGUGCUGCAGGGCAGGGAGAAGGCCUGGGUUUUCCUCAGCUGGAGGAGGUGGGGUUUUCCUUUGGCCUGCAGGGCUUGGGCCUUCCUCAGAACCCUGACAGAAGGUUAACAUUUUACCUUUUUUUCUUGUUUCCACUUUUGGUUUGUAAUCUCUGUUCAUGAAUUUGUUGUUUGUUUUCCAGGGAAGAGUUGGAGCUGGUGCCCAGUCCGGGUUGGGAAGGGCUGGGACCAUCCCUGGAGAGGAUCUGACGUCCCCUCUGAGAAGGCUGAGGACAUCCUUUGGGACAUGCUCUUCUUGCAGCAGCAGAUCUUGGGAGACAGGACACCUCUGCCUGAUCUCCCGCGGAUCCGAGGGAUCUCUGGAUCUUCACGCCAGCACCAGGACUUUGCUGCAGAAGAGCACAGAUCCCCAGCCCAGUCUGGGACACAGAACGUGUGAAAGGGCAGAAAGAUUGUGGUGUGAAUGCAGCGCCCUCAGAGCCCUUGGUGUGAGCCCGGAAAGGAAAAUCAAGCUGAGGGACAAGAUCAGUCUAAUUUGGGGACAUUGUUGGAGGUUGGAGUUGCAGUUCUGGAAGAAAUCCCUGAGGAAAUGGUGCCCCCGGGGAGAGGAAGAGGAUGAGAGCAUGGGCAGCCUGCUUCAAACAUCCCCCCAGGAGACUUGGGAGCAGUCCCUGUGCAUCCUGUAAGAAAGAUGGACACUGGAAAUGGGAUUGUCCGCAACUGAAACUUCAGAACCCUCCGAACCCUCUCGUGGCAUCACUGAAGACGACUGAGGGGGCACCAGAGGAUUCUUCCCCAUCAGAACAUCUGGUUCCAGCCAAGCUAAGCACAAUUGUUUGUGGCUGUGGGAACUUGUUCCUCUGUGUUAAAUGCAGGGAAAUGAAACUCAAGGGACAAUUCUAGAACAAUUGUCUGGUGUGCCAGGGAAUUGGGAAACUGGGCCAUUUUUAAUGCUGUGGCUUUGAAAUUGGGAAAACAGUGGUUGGCUCCCCAGUUUUUGUAUUUCCCCAAUUCCCCAAAGCCUCUGCUUGGGAGAGAUCUCUUGGCAAAAUGAAAUGCCACAAUCCAAUUGAAAAAUGGUCCAAUAUAGGUUAUUAUUGCAGAGCCUAAUUCUGUGGAAGUUUCUAGUUUUGCAUGAGAGUCUCUCAAAGCAGAAGUAAUCCAUCUGCCACCAUCACUUGGGGAUGCAGUGGUUCCAACAGGAUGGGCUGGAGAGGUGCCUCCAUGAUCCAAGAGAGCAGAACCCGUGAGAAUUCCAGAGAAACCUGGAGUGGGGUUGGUGAGGCCAAAGCAAUGUCCUUUGCAAAUAGAAAGUUGUAAGGGAUUCUCACCCUUUGUAGAACAAUUGAUGAAAUUUUGCUUGUGAAAAGAAUGUGAAUCUAAAUGGAAUGCUCCAGUUUUGCCAGUCAAGCAGGCAAAUGGAAGGCUAUGCCAGUUAGUCCAAGACCUUAGAGCUGUAAAGAACAGAGUAGAAGAUAUACAAGCAGUCAUAGUGAAUCCUUACACUUUGCUAACUCCCCUAAAUGAAAGUUUAAUAUGUUUCACAGCAUUAGGUUUGAAAACUGCCUUUUUGUGUCUCCCUUUGAGUUGGGAAAGUCAAGAGCUUUUUGCUUUCCAAUGGGAAAAUGCAAAGCUGGGGAGGAAAACCCAUCUGACUUUGGUGGUCCUCUUGCAGGGGUUUAAAAAUAGCCCCCCAAUAUCUGGAACUCAAUUGGCAAAGGGACUGGAGGAAUGGAGAAGUCCAAACCCACCCUCUUGGAGCCUUAUUGCAGUGUGGGGAUGAUCUUUUGAUGCCACUGAUGCUGAGCAGCAACGUUGGGGUCAGACUGUGGCCCUGUGGAAUUUCCUUGGGCUGAGUGGAUAUGGGGUAUCCCAAACACAAAGUGCAAGUAGUCCAGAGCCCAGGAGCCUCCGUGGGCUUUGGAAUUCUCCAAGGACAAGGGAGGCUGGGCCAGGAAGGAAAGAAGCAACCUGUCAACUGCCCCAGCCCCAGCAAAGGAAGCCCAGAGCGGGAUUGCUUCCAGACUAGAGGAGAAGUGUAUUGGCAGAGCUGACUUAGGAGACAGCCCCUUGGAAAGUCCUGGUUGGGAAUUGUUUCCCAGUGGGGGCAGCUUUGUCCGGCAUGGAAAACAAUUCUCUGGAUGCACAGAACUCCCCACCACCAGGGCAGAGAUCCUGACAGAGAUCCUUCUCCCAGUAGAAGAAAAUGAGUCUAGUGCUAAGGAUUGUCAACUCCUUGAAACAGUAGAGCAAACUUUGCUCCAGGAGGCUGGGCAGUUCCCCCAAGUGGGCAAAUAAUAGUCCCUGAGCCAAUCUCCUGUGACCUGGUGGAUGGGGAACAUGAGGGGAUUCCUUGGAGUGAAGCAAAUUAUUGAAACAUUUGCCCAAGUGGGUUCUUGGUCCAAAACUGACCCCAGUUGUACAAGCAGUGAGUCAGCAGUGUGGUGUGUGGAAGAGAAAUAAUCCAAACCCUGCCACUGGAGUGGGAACAGGUGAUGGAAAAUGCAGAAAUGCUGCAGGUGAAUGUUGGCAGAUGGAUGUGACUGAAUUGCCCAGACAAGGGGGGUGUAAAGAUCUCCUGGUCUUGGGGGAUACCUUCUCUGGGUGGCCAGAGGCUGUUCCUUGUUGCACUAAGCAGGUUGGGAAAGAGACUGCAAUCCUGUUCAGUGCAAUCCUCCCUGUAUUUGGGAUGCCUUUGGGAAUGUCAUCAGACAGAGGUUCCCACUUGACUGCAGAAACAAAAUGCUUCACUCUUGUUUUGCUCUUCUGACAACAGUUCAAACACUGUUGACGUGGGAGGAAAAUUUACAUGUCUUUUUAGUGCCAAAGGUGAUCCAAGUGUUGCCCACAAGUGUCUGUAUUAAGUAAGCAAGACUCUGUAAGGAAUCUGGAAACUGUGUGUGUAAUGUAAAGCCCUGUGUGGCUGUCACUGAAGUGCUGAGGCUGAACAACAGCCCCUGAGCCAAAGCUGAGCUCUAGAUGAACCUUCCAACCUAAUGGGCUGUGUCUCCAUGUAUCUGCUCCUGAGCUAAAACUGGGUCUAUUUGUUGGUACAAAUGUGGUGGGAUGGGACUCCACCUGUGUAUCUGCUCCUGAACCAAACAGGUGUGCUUCUUAGGAAGAUCUGUUAGUCUGGGCUCAUCAGUGAAUCCUGUUUGUAUCUGUUCCUUAACAAAAGAUGUCUGAUUGUGAGCAAAAUCUGAUCUUUCUCUUUCUGUAUCUGGAGAGUGGUGGAGGCCAUGGCAGUCGAUGUCUGGCCUUGUUUGGCAGUGGCUGGUGCAGGGGGAGCCUUGGUUUGGGAGAAGUAGAACAUUGCUCCCAAGAUUCUGCUCUGGCCAAAUAAGGAACAACAGAAUCUUAGAGAAGUCCUGGAGAAUUGGAUCAGGGCUGGAACUCAAGCAAACAGGAUGUGAGCUGAGCUCUGGGGACCCAGAGAAGAUCAAACCAAACAUGACGGUCUCUGUGGGGAAAAGCAGUGAUGCUGAGAACCGAGGUCAAGAAGCAGACACCUGAGCUUUGGGGGGCACCAGAUGCCAAAAAACCCACCAGAGACCCCCAGAGAAGACCCCAAAUGACCAAGUAGGGACUUGCAAUAGGGGUGUGACUGUGUAAAGCACAGUAAUGGACAUGUGUUCAGUAAGGGGGAAUAUCCAAUGCCUCUGGAAUCAGUGGGUGUAAUCCCAAGCCCUGCCUGUGUCCCUGAGCAGGCUGGAUUAGAAGAACUCUCCUGCAGGCGUCCAGCACGCUGCCCUAAAGAAUGCCUGCUUCUUAACACCUCCCAGCUGGGGUUAAGGACUUGCUUUCUGCUGCUUUGGGGCACCAUUUCUGGCCCCAGAUGGGACCCUCUGCCUGAUCUCCCGUGGAUCCGAGGGAUCUCUGGAUCUUCACGCCGGCCCCAGGACUUUCCUGGAGAAGACUACAGAUCCCCGGACUGGUCUGGGAUGGGGGAAGAUCCCACUGGCUAAUAAGGCAUUCUUUUGGGGAAUCCUGUCCCUCUAAGACGUGUGGAUCUUCCAGCUCUUUGGGUGGGUUAUUUGGUGUUCCCCCAUUUGGUCUCUGGCUUUGUUUUCUCCACUGAUCCUUGUUUUGUGUUUGUAUUUGUUUCUGCACUGUAACAUUUGUCCAAGUGGGUUCUUGGUCCAAAACUGACCCCAGCUGUACAAGCAGUGAGUCAGCAGUGUGGUGUGUGGUAGAGAAAUAAUCCAAACCCUGCCACUGGAGUGGGAACAGGUGAUGGAAAAUGUAGAAAUGCUGCAGGUGAAUGUUGGCAGAUGGAUGUGACUGAAUUGCCCAGAAAAGGAGGGUGUAAAGAUCUCCUAGUCUUGGGGGAUACCUUCUCUGGGUGGCCAGAGGCUGUUCCUUGUCACACCAACCGGGCUGGGGAAGUGAGUGGAAUACUGUUGAAUCCAAGAAUCCCUGGAUUCGAGGUACAUUUGGGAAUGUCAUCAGACAGAGGUGCCCACUUGAUUGUAGAAGUGGUACAACAAGUCAAAUCAGGGAUGCAUUAUUGCAGAAUUCCAAAGGCCAGAGCCCCUUGGGUAAUUGAGAGGUUGUCUGAGAAGAAACCAAAUGCUUAAGUCUGCUUUGGCUCUCCUGACAAUAGUUAAUUGGGUCUUGACUUGGGAGCAAAAUUUACAUCUCCUUUUAGUCUCAAACGUGACCCAAGUGUUGCCUCCAAGGGAUUGCUGGGUGUGCACUCCUUUACCUGAAAAGACAAGGAAGCCAUUCACCAUUUCUGCCUUCCCUGUUCUGGCAGAAAUGAUUCCUGGUCACUGGGUGAGCACUUGUGUUCCCCAAAAAGUAGACCCAGCAGUCAGUGUGCAAGUACCCCCCACCACCUCUGACAAUCCUGCCUGUGUCCAAAGCUGUGACCCCCACUAAAGGAACAGGACAAGUGGAUUGUGUUAAUGAGAGGGGCCCGUUUGUGGGAAAUCACCCCAAUGUCCUCAAACCCUUCCUGCUGGGGAAAUGACUGAUCCUUGGCCGGUCCCCAAAGGAACGGGGUGGGAUUGGUGUGUGGAAAUAACACCUGGGAAGGGUUGCCCCAAAGCUGGAAGGGCAUUUGUAUUUCAGCUUGCAUCAGGAUUCAGUGCUGUAGCUGUUCUAAUGCCUUGAGCUGUAAAAUGAAAUAAAGCUCCUAAGACACUCUA